AUGGGGGGGCCGUCGGGCGGGCCGGGCGAGUGCGGGCGGCGUCGGGGGUCGGGGCGGGGGCGGCUGCUGGCGGCGGGGGCGGCUGCGUGCUGGGGCCUGGCGGCGCUGGCGCUGGCGGACGCGCGGCUGCUGGGCCUGCUGAGCGGGCUGCUGCUGGCCCUGGGCGGCUGGCUGGGCCGGAGGGCGGCGCGGGGCCCGGCCGGCCGCCGCGUCCGGCUGGAGCGCCUGCUGCCGGGCCCGCCGCCUCCGCGCCGCCCUCCGGGGCCGGGGCCGGGGCCGGGGCCGGGGCCGGGGCCCGCCGAGCGGGAGGUGGAGCGGGAGGUGCGGCGCGCCGUGGGCCGGGCGGCGCGGGCGCUGGCGGGCUCCUGGCCGGGCCGCCCCCCGGGCCGGGCGCGGCUGGAGGCGCAGGCGGCCGCCGCCCUCGGGGGUCUGGCCCGGGAGCUCCGCCGCCGGCUGGGCCGGGCCGACGGCCGGGAGCUGCUCCGCCGCGUCCUGCUGCUGUGCGGCCGCCACCUGCAAGGGUACCUGCGGGCCCGGGCGGCGGGCGGGAAGGCGCGGCUGCGGGAGGAGUACCGCCGGGCCGGACCCCCGCACCCCGCCCUCCGGGACCCCACAGCCGAGCUGCCCUACCUCCGGGCCGUGGCCGACCUGCUGCUGGCCGGCCUGGUGCCCCCGCCGCACCUGCGGACCAGGACCGGCCGCUUCGUCGUCGUCGAGCUCGUCGCCUGCAACGUGCUCCUGCCCCUCGCCGGCAGGAUGGCCGACCCCGACUGGAUCCACCUGCUGCUGGCCGGGGCCCCCGGGGACGGGACCCCCGUCGGGGACGGGACCCCCGACGGGGACGGGACCCCCCGGCCGCACGGCCCCCCGGACCCGGACGGCGGCCCGGCCCCGGCCGAGGGCGGCGGGCGCCGCUUCCCGCCGUCGGAGAGGUGCGAAGAGGACGGGGCGCGUGCGGCGGACGACGGCGGCGGAGAGCCGGACGGGACGGGGACGGCGGCCCCCCGCUUCCCGCCGGCGCCGCCCCGGGGUCCCCUCUUCCCCUGCGGGGCUUCGGAGCCGGACCCCCCGACGGCCGCCGGGGCUGGCGCAGACGGGGCGGCGGGGCCGGAGGACGGCGCCGGGCUCGGCCCCCGGCCCGGAAUCCGCGUCGACGGGGCGCCGGAGGAGGAAGGGGACCCCGGCCUUCCCGGCGACCCGCUCCCCGGGGCCUCCGGCCCCCGCCCCCCGCGGCCCUCGUCCCUGGACGACGGGGAGCUGGCCGGCGGGGCCGCCCUCCCCGAGGGCGGCCGCCCCCGGCCGUCGCUCUCCUCCCGCUCCCCGACCGCGGCCUCCCCCGCGGGGCCUCCGAGCUCCGUCCCCUUCAGCUUCGAGCCCCUCGGCAGCCCCGAGGGCCCGGUGGUCAUCCAGAACCUGCGGAUCACGGGCACCAUCACGACCCGGGAGCACAGCGGGACCGGCUUUCACCCGUACACGCUGUACACGGUGAAGUACGAGACGGCCGUGGACGGUGGGAGCGGCGGCGGUGCCCUGCAGCAGGUGGCCUACCACACGGUGAACCGGCGCUACCGCGAGUUCCUCAACCUGCAGACGCGGCUGGAGGAGAAACCCGACCUGCGGAAAUUCAUCAAAAAUGUGAAGGGCCCCAAGAAGCUUUUUCCCGACCUCCCGUUCGGGAACAUGGACAGUGACAAGGUGGAAGCCCGAAAGAGUCUCCUGGAGACAUUCUUGAAGCAACUGUGUGCCAUCCCCGAGAUCGCUAACAGCGAGGAGGUGCAGGAGUUCCUGGCCCUGAACACCGAUGCCCGAAUCGCCUUUGUCAAGAAACCAUUUGCUGUGUCCAGGAUAGAUAAGAUGGUGAUGAAUGCCAUCGUGGACACCCUGAAGACGGCAUUUCCGCGCUCGGAGCCUCAGAGCCCCACGGAGGAGCUGAGCGAGGCCGAGUCGGAGGCCAGGUCCCAGACGGAAGGCAAAAAGUCCAACAAGUCCAGGCUGAGGUUCCCGUCCAGCAAGAUCGCCCCCGCGGCAGAGGCGCAGGAGCAGAUCCUCUAUUGCUUGCGAGAGAGCAACACGGAGGCGGACACCUUGCCCCUGGCCGCGAUGGAGUCUUUCAUCGAAAAGCAGGAGAAGCUGCUCGCAGCCCUCCCCGGCCAGGCCCCAGGAGAGGCAGCUGAGUCAACCCCCAGCGGGAGACCGGACAGUGCCAGCGGAGAUGCCAAGGAUGCCACCCCACAGCCUCCGGACCGGACAGGCCAUGAGCCAGAGUCUGAGACAGCCCUGGCAGACACGGCUCUGGACCUCCUCUUCCUGCUGAUGAGGGAGCAGUGGACGUGGCUGUGUACGGAGGACAUGCAGAAAGUGCUGCACCUCCUCUUUGGGACCUACAUCCAGAGGUGGCUGGAAGUGCAGUUGGCCAACCUGACCUGCCCCCAGCGCUGGGUUCAGUACCUCCGCCUCCUGCAGGAGUCCAUCUGGCCUGGGGGGACUCUGCCGCCGGUGCCUAAACCUGCCCGGACCCAAGAGCAGAAGGAAGCUGCCGCCGAGCAGGCGCUGCAGAGCCUCAUGGGAAUCCUGCCUGACUUUGUCGUGGAGAUCCUGGGCCCGAAUAAAUGCCGCCUGAGCUGGGGGCUGGUCCUAGAGACGCUGCAGCAUCCACUCAUCAACAGGCACCUGGUCUUCUGCCUCUGGGAUAUCAUCCUCGAAUUCUUGGCCCUGGACAUCCCUCCGGAUACACCCCCUCCCGCCCAGGAGGCCUUUGAGAGUCCCAAAAGGACUGACAGCUCUGCCUAGCAGCCUGAGCCAACCAAGGAACGGAGGACAGGGUAGCGGGCAGCCAUCCCCAGGGGGAGCAUUGGGCAUUGAAGCCACCCGCUGGCCUGGCAGUGUGGCCGGCAGAGUGUGGAGGGACACUUAGGCAGGGCAGCUCCUUGACUUUUCCAGACUGCUCCGGCCGUGGAUGGCCGUUGCUCCAGUUGGAUGGCAGUUCCAGAGAGAGGCGGAGUCAUGUCCUCUGGAGUUCUCUGCUGAGAGGGCGAGUGGAGGCACUCGCAGGACAGAAACCCCUCGGACUCCUCCCCAAUGAGGAGAGCAGGUUACCUCCGGGUCCCGUGUGGGGAAGCCUGCAGCCUCCAGGGCCUGUUUUGGAAAAAAAAGUGGCCUUCCAGAGGCCAGGAAUGGUCGAGCCUUCUGCCUCACUCCCAAGCCCCGGAGAGGCAGGAGCACGGAAGGGAUGGGAAGCGAUGGGCCAGAGAUGUGUGAGUGUCUGUUGUCAUUUGCCUCUAGAGACACAGAGGAGAUGGCUGAUAGAGAUCUCUGUGGCAGGGAGCAGCUCAUCCCCAAAAGGCCAACCACCCUAAGUGAGCCAGCCGGGAAGAGCUAGUAUAAGUUUGCCCCAAGGGAGCCCCAGAAGCUUUGUCCACCCUAAAGAUGAAGCCAUGGAAAGAGAAGGAGUUGAAGAGCUGAGGUGGUUGUGGUAUGGCAAGAAUUAGUGGACCAACAGACUCUGGAACUGGCACUGGGGAGCUUAGGAAGUGCGCGCUGCCUCAAAGCCCACCUGGUUAGCCGCUCUCUUUCUCUCCUGCCCCUUCCCCUCAGCCCUGCCUGCUGCGGCUGCCCUGGCUUCUCUCAGAUCCACCAAUGAAGGGGAGAGAAGUUGCCCUUCUGUCCCCCUCAUCUGCUGGGAUCUCAUGGAAGGAGCUAUAAUGGGGAGGUUGGCUAGCACUAGGAAUGGAAGAGUAAGGGUGCUUGGGAAAGUUUUAAAGAGAUCACAUCUCACUUGUUGUGGUGGCUUAGGGGUGUAGUCCUGCCUCGUAGCAAGGAGAUGGACUGGGUGACCUAAGUCCCAUGGCUGAUUAUGGAUCUUUACUAUUCUUCUGCUCCAAGCUUUUCCCCACCCCCAACUCCCUAUCUUUCUUUCUCUGCCUUCUUCCCACAUCUGUCUGCCUUUCUCCUGUGCCCCACUCAGACUCCAUCUUGAUAUCUGCUCCCCAUGUUGGCGAGUAUCCAUUGGGUGGUAUAGGAGGGCAAUCCCAAUGAGCUGCAUACCUGGCUGCUUAGCUGGAAUCCAGGAUGCUGUUGGAAGUUGGAGUUGGCUUCCAUUCAGUACAGACAGACCCUCCCCUCCAGGCACUUUAACCACCAUUCCUGACAUUGUCCUGGAAAGUCCAGAGCACCUGGCAGAGGGCACCCCCUGGUUCAACUAUGGCACCAGACCAAUAAAUAUUCUGACAUACCGCAAGCUGUCUCUGGCUAGAAAUUCGUGCUCAUUCUUGACCCUUUCCAAAUCUUGGGGAGGGAUUCCUUGGACCUCACCCUUUACAAGGCAGCUCUCCCAUGAUGGGCCCCCAUGCUUACCCCCGCCUGUCAGGGAGAUGGCAGGAGGCAGUGGGGAGCCAGAAGCAUCUAGAAAUUCAUUGAGGUUCCAGGAACCAAGCUCCUGAGGUGGGGCGGCAUGGGCAGGGAGAGAGGUGUUAGGGUGCCAUGGGUCAAGCCUUGGGUCAAGUGCAUGUGGACCUUUGGCUGUGGCACCACACAAUUCUGCCCUGGGAGCCUUUCUCUUGUUCAUUUCUGGUCCAGAUGUGGGAGGAGAACAGGCAUGUGAGAACGGAUCUGCAGUCCACACAGUCCUACUGCCCUACCAGUCACUGGUAUUGACUGAGCUUCUGACAAACCCUGAGCUAAGCACUGUGGGAAGUUACACAGGAACCAAACGUGGGCAGUCACAGCUUACCUGAGCCCAUUAUGGCUGAUCUACUGGUCUGCCUUUUCCCACCCAUAUCCAGUUUAGUCACAGAAACCUGCUCCCCUCACCUUCAGAACAAAAUAAACCGUUUCACCUGAUAA